AUGUUUCCUUUAUACCCAACUCGACUUUGGAGAAAUGCCUGCCAAUUACAGGUAAUUGGCCAGACAAGGCAGGCUUCGUCCAAACGCUGGCAAGCCCGGCAGCAAAAGGAUCAGUUCACCAGAGAGGCAACUGUUCAAGGGUUGAAAAGCCGAGCUGCUUUCAAAUUGCUGCAGAUUGAUGAGAAAUAUCGAAUAUUUAAGGGAGGACAGACAGUUGUUGAUCUGGGUUACGCUCCCGGCUCAUGGUCGCAGGUUGCUGCUAGCCGUACUCACCCGUAUGGCCGGGUCCUCGGGGUCGAUAUCAUUCCAGCACAACCGCCGAAAGGAGUUUCUACGAUCCAAGGGAAUUUCCUCGCGCCUGAAAUCCAAACGUACAUCCGAGACUUCCUUCGCAGUCCAGAUAGAGGCAGGCCACGCCAACCCGAUUUUUUGCAAGAUUCUAGUGUCAGUCUGUUGGAGCCGAACUCGGAUUCUGAAUGCACUGUCGGGGCCGAGGAAACGAGUAAUGGAGUUGAUAAGAUACUCGAAAGGACGGUGGAUGUGGUUCUCAGUGAUAUGUCUGCUCCCUGGUACCAGACCUCGGGUUUUUGGAAACGAAGUCUAAGUGCUCCUUAUAACAGGAUGAUGAACACCAGUGGUGUCAGUUUCAGAGACCAUGCUGGGAGUAUGGAUCUCUGCCACGCGGCUUUGCGCUUCAGUUCGGACGUCUUGAAGGAAGGCGGUCAUUUCGUCUGCAAGUUUUACCAAGGCGCCGAGGAUAAAGAACUAGAGCAGCAGCUCAAAGAGUUAUUUAAGAAGGUUCACCGACUGAAACCUGAAUCGUCUCGCAGUGAAUCCAAGGAGGCUUUCUUCGUCGGCCUGGAGCGAAAAUCGUGA